GCAACAGGGCCCAGAACUUCCCUGCAGAGAAGGGCCUGAAGAGAACAUCCUGCCCUGAAGACAGGAGGGCUGGACCUCCCACUUGCACUUGCACAGGGAGGAGUCUGGAGCUGGAAGGGACAUUUGGAAGCCAGGAAGAGAGAGAGAGAGAGGCUUCUGCAGCCUGUACAGGAGCUGUGAGAUUUCUCCGUGAGUGGCUGCAUGAGAGAAAAACAACAGGAAGACCUUUACCAAAAAAAAAUCACUUAGAAAAAUUACUCAAUGGAAAACCACAAGACUGAGAAUGACAUCUCCACCGGUACUUGCUGUGCAGCUCCGGAUGCUCCACUUGAGCAGGGAGCCGAACCAGAAAUGUUGUCCUCAGCAGUGCCAGAGUUACCUGUCCCACUCACCAAUUUGAAGAUUCAAUAUACUAAGAUCUUCAUAAACAAUGAAUGGCAUGAUUCAGUGAGUGGCAAGAAAUUUCCUGUCUUAAAUCCUGCGACUGAGGAGAAAAUCUGUGAGAUAGAAGAAGGAGAUAAGGCAGACGUUGACAAAGCUGUGAAGGCUGCAAGACAGGCUUUUCAGAUUGGCUCUCCAUGGCGCACUAUGGAUGCUUCAGAGAGGGGACGCCUACUAUACAAGUUGGCCGACUUAAUUGAAAGAGAUCGUCUGCUGCUGGCCACAAUGGAGUCAAUGAAUGCUGGAAAACUGUUUUCUAAUGCGUAUCUGAUGGAUCUAGGAGGCUGCAUAAAAACAUUACGCUACUGUGCAGGCUGGGCUGACAAGGUCCAGGGCCGUACCAUACCGAUUGAUGGAGACUUUUUCACUUAUACAAGACAUGAACCUAUUGGUGUAUGUGGCCAAAUCAUUCCUUGGAAUUUCCCAUUGGUCAUGCUCAUUUGGAAGAUAGGGCCUGCCCUUAGCUGUGGAAACACGGUGAUUGUCAAACCAGCAGAACAAACUCCCCUUACUGCUCUUCAUGUGGCAUCUUUGAUAAAAGAGGCAGGGUUUCCUCCUGGAGUAGUGAAUAUUGUCCCUGGCUAUGGGCCUACAGCAGGGGCAGCCAUCUCUUCUCACAUGGAUAUUGACAAAGUGGCCUUCACAGGAUCCACAGAGGUUGGCAAGAUGAUCAAAGAAGCUGCAGGGAAAAGCAAUCUGAAGAGGGUCACCCUGGAGCUGGGGGGAAAGAGCCCUUGCAUUGUGUUUGCCGACGCCGACUUGGCCAGUGCUGUUGAAUUUGCACAUCAAGGCUUAUUCUACCAUCAGGGCCAGUGCUGUGUAGCUGCAUCCCGGCUUUUUGUGGAAGAAUCAAUUUAUGAUGAGUUUGUUAAAAGAAGUGUUGAGCGGGCUAAGAAAUAUGUACUUGGAAAUCCUCUGACCCCAGGAGUAAAUCAAGGCCCUCAGAUUGACAAGGAACAGUAUGAUAAAAUACUUGACCUCAUUGAGAGUGGGAAGAAAGAAGGAGCCAAACUGGAAUGUGGAGGAGGCCCCUGGGGGAAUAAAGGCUACUUUGUCCAGCCCACAGUUUUCUCUAAUGUUACAGAUGAGAUGCGCAUCGCCAAAGAGGAGAUAUUUGGACCUGUGCAACAAAUCAUGAAGUUUAAAUCUUUAGAUGAUGUGAUCAAGAGAGCAAACAAUACUCUCUAUGGCUUAUCAGCAGGAAUCUUUACCAAAGAUCUUAAUAAAGCCAUAACUGUCUCCUCCGCUCUACAGGCAGGGACCGUGUGGGUAAAUUGCUACAGUGUGGUAUCUGCUCAGUGCCCCUUUGGGGGAUUCAAGAUGUCUGGAAAUGGACGAGAACUGGGAGAAUACGGUCUCCAUGAAUACACAGAAGUCAAGACAGUCACCAUGAAGAUCUCUCAGAAGAAUUCGUAAAGAUACACCAGAAUGGACAGAACACUUUUCAACGACUAAGCAUCUCCUAUAAUCACUACUAUGUGGGGUCUAAAUAGAAAAAUGUUCUUUUUUUGAUUUUUUUUAAACAUAAGCUAAUCACCUUAGUAUUAAUACUGCACAUAGAAAGCUUGACAUGUAGCUUAUUCUGAAGGAAUAACUUGAUUUUUGUUAUGUGACUCCCAAGUCCUAUCCUAAAUAAAAAGGAUGGACUUGGAUGUAAGAUCUCUGACUCUGUGGUAGUCAUGUAGUUUUCUUUGUAGCUACUGGUCCAGAAUAAUCAUUUUACAGAAGACAAGCAGUAGUCGUGUAGCCUCUUUCCCCUAAUGACUCCCUGAAGUACUUAAUAUACAUGCUAACUGCAGAGUAAGUUGCUCUGUUCCUGGUAGGUAUGAAGUCCUUUUUUGUGUUUUCUAGAAUGUUAUGUCAGCUUGUCAAAUAAAAUACAUAGGUGUAAUCUGCAUAUAAAGCUUAAUAAAAAAUGACCUUGCAUGAAUCUUA